AUGCUUUCGAUUCGUUCAGACGCAGGCGAUUCUGAAGGAGAUCUCAACGACCAGCGGUACCCAGUUGUCCGACCGCCUUUCCCAGCAGGUACAUCCUCGCGCCCCGCGAGCCGAAUCUCAAUGAUCUUGUUCGAGUUGCAGAUGUCUUCCCAUCCGGUGAAGCUCACGGCUUCUGAGUAUUUCACUCUCGACAAGGGAGUCAUGACUUCUGGAGUUUUCUCCCUGGGCAACGACGAGACGGGCGGCCCGCGUUUCAGAUGUUGCAGUUGGGCGUUCCUCUAUGCCCUCUCAUACAUCCUCCUUGUGAUCGUUCUAGCUACGGCAAUCAUCAUAAUCAUUCUCGUACUGUACUACCCCAGUGAGCGGGUUGACUGGGUGUAUUCCAACGGCACUGUGGAAGGGAGGUUCGGGCUGGAUGACAUCAUCCCCGCUUGGGGGCCCACCAGCACAGGGCGGCUCGCCGAAAGGAUCACUGUGGGUCAGACCAUUUUCGUUCUCGUCAUUGCCUAUUUCAUCAACCUCUUCAAAGGUCAGCAGAUGACCGAGUUGUUGCACCGGGUUCAAGCCUUGGAGGAGGAAAUCGGCUUCGAGGCGGAAGACGUGAGACGGCUUCGCAGAUUUGGAUAUCUUCUUCCUCUCGUCUACGCUUGGUUUGGCAUUUGGUCGUUCGUCUUAAGCGCUUUCGAAAUAUUUUCCUUGUGUGAGGGAGCUUGUAAAUACGUUGCAAGCAUUUCUUCUGCUGUCUUCAUUUGGUUUCUCUGGUGCCCACCAUACUCUGCCGACAUCAUGUUCAUAUACCUGUGCACAUUUCUCGAGCUGAUUUCGGUCAGGAAUCUUGCGAUCCUCAAGGAAAUCCUUCAGAAAACGAAAAUGGAGAAAGUAUCGAGGAUUCCCAGUCCCUCCAAAUCUCAUUGCGACGAAAUCGAUGUUUGCUUAGAAAUCGAGAAGAGAAGAGGGAAAUACCUGGAGAUUUGCGAGCUGGCGGCCUACCUAAGUAGCGUGUUUCAUCCGACGAUCCUGCUCCGAAUGGUUUUUUCCAUCGUGCUGAUCACAACAGGAAUUUACUUGACGGUGGACGGCUUUGAGAGGCAGAACCUGAAUGCCAUCAUGGAGAGUGUUUCCUCUGUCGCGAGUCUCGUCUUCCUCCUCGUCUUCGUGGCCAGGGCCGGUGGACGGGUCGGGACGGAGACGGAAGACACACUGAUGCAGAUCUCGAAGGAGUGCAGCAUGGACCUCCCGCCACGGAUAUCCCAGCAGAUGAUGCAGUUCCAAAGGCAGGUUUCACUCCACCCCAUCGGAGUGAAUGCAUCUAACUAUUUGCAAAUCAACGAGGCCCUCCUCACUGCUGUGUUUGGGACCAUCUUCACCUACCUGGUGGUGCUUCUUCAGUUUCACAUCGGGGAGGUCAUGGGCAGCAAUUGA